AUGUUGAACUGGAAUUCAAGUGCGUUUGCGACCCUAGAGGAGGAGGCCUGUACAGAGCUGGUUCCCUAUCUGAGCUUCAUUCUGGAUACUCUGGUCUUCGCCUUGGAAAAUACCAGCACAGAACCUGCUCAUACUGAGUACAUAGAGAAGCUGAUGCCUCCUCUCAUCGCCAAGUGGAAUGAGCUGAAGGAUGAAGAUAAGGACCUGUUUCCUCUGUUAGAGUGUCUGUCCUCUGUAGCUACAGCCCUCCAGAGUGGCUUCCUGCCCUACUGUGAACCAGUCUACCAGCGCUGUGUUACACUGGUGCAGAAAACACUGGCUCAAGCUAUGAUGUACAGCCAACAACCGGACCAGUACGAAGCCCCUGAUAAGGACUUUAUGAUCGUGGCCCUGGACCUCCUCAGUGGUCUGGCUGAGGGCCUGGGGGGCCACGUUGAUCAGCUGGUGUCCCGGAGCAACAUCAUGACACUACUGUUUCAGUGCAUGCAG